AUGUUCAUCAACAUCCAGUUCCCGUCUGAUACGCAAAAGGGUCACCUACGACGAGCCAUCCGGUCACAAGCUGCUCUGAGCAGUGCUGACUGCCGAAAGAGCACUAUUGCUGCCAAAACGGCUACGAACUCCAAUGAUCCCGAGGCUAUACAGAAGCUUGUGAGAGUGCGUAGGAGAAGCAAAGCAAAGGCCAUCAAGGCUGAACCGGAAGCACACAAUGACGCUUUGAUCUUGAUCCAGUCGAACCAUAGUUCUUCGAGUUCUACUUCAUCAAGUCCUGUAGAGCCAAGCCACUCUCUCGUACCAUCACUCGGCCAAUGGAACACUCAGCACGAUCCAUUUCUAUCUCUACCCUAUGGCGAUGCGUGGCAUCCAACGAUACCUCGGCUCGUUGACAUAUACUUGACCUAUUAUGCCCCUGACGUCCAAGAUCCGAUCUACGCCUCCGACCGACCAGUUAUUCGCAGAGACUUGUGGCCCGAAGCGUUGUCGCACAGUGCGCUUUUCUUCGCGAGUCUGCUUGUAGCGACCUCUCAUGCCUCCUUCGAACAGACGCCGGAAGUCCUGGCAUACUUUCGCUUCCAGGCAAUGCGGAACGUUCAAGCUGUUCUUGAUUUAUCCGCAGGGUUCAACACAAGCGAUCGACUGAUCGCAGCAGUAUGUCUACUAUCUGGUUGGGAGUUCUCGCUUGGUGACAAGACUUCGGCAAAGGCACAUAUGGCCGGACUCAAGACGAUGGUGAAUCUUCGUGGAGGCUUCCAUGAUGCUGACUUUCCACCGGUAAUCCGUCGCCUUGUUAGCUUCGUCACUUACGAUCAACCAUGGUUUGCUGGAAUUGAGCCUGUCUUCGUACCUCAUGGACUCAAACAUGAUUCCCCUGGUGACGUGCUCGGUCUGGAUCUGCCCCUUGGUUUUGCAUUGUUGAUUCAGCCCAACGGUCUUUGCUCAGUCGCCCCAUCCACCCUGGGGUUCGUCUCUGAGAUCAACGCAGUCAUGAAGAGAAGUCGACAUAGGAGAUAUGCUUUGCUAGACCUCCAAUCACGUCUUACCGAGUACAACUUCUUGGACAACAUGGUUGGCAACUUUUGCCCGAUUCACAGCUCUGUCGAUGAUACGAUCUUGGUUCAGGCCGAAACACACGUCAAGCUUGCUCUGCUGUGUCUCGUCGCUCAUCUUCAGGGCGAUGAUCUCGAACAGCAAUGGGACCUGAGCAAGUUCCUCGUCUCCAGUGUGCUCGUCAACACGAUAUACGCUGACAUAGGAGCGUGGGCUCUGUUUUUGAUAUGCAGCACAGCCCAGAUACGUUCACCCAUACUGCUAGAUGGACUCGAGAUGUUACUUUCAAGUCUCUCUAUUACGAACUGGUCAUUAGCCGAUCAGACACUUCGCCGGUACCUAUUCCCGGACAGUCUCGACGGCGCCGCAAGAGCGUUGUGGGGCCAACUAACGCCAAACAAACCGACUAUGCCUGAGUAUAAUAACUUGUCCAGAUUCCACGUUACCACAUACAGACGCGAUCAGCAGCUGCUGUUCUGAAAUUAUGCUCAUGGUAGGACAACGAUCAAAAUAUCAGCAACGCUCCACCAACAUCCGCGUUAUCAUGAGCUAGACUCUA